GGAGAUAAUAAAAUCGAAUCGAAAAUAACAACAUGGAGAAUGGCUCGACCGAUGUCAGCUUCCAUUUCGCAACCUAAGCUGAACGGAUACGUCUUUACCGAGAAGCUUGGCAGUGGUUCCUAUGCUACAGUGUAUAAAGCUUACAAGAAGCAUGGUUCCAGGGAGGUUGUAGCAGUAAAGUGUGUUUUGAGGUCGUCUUUGAACAAGGCAUCAUCAGAGAACUUACUGCGAGAAAUAGAACUUUUGAAAAAACUUAAACAUGACAACAUCGUGGAACUCAAGGAUUUUCAGUGGGAUGAUAAGUGUAUCUACCUUAUCAUGGAGUACUACAGUGGAGGAGACUUAUCCCAUUUCGUACGCUCCAAAAGGGCCCUGCCCGAAUAUAUCGUCAAACGCUUUCUUCAGCAAAUUGUCAGAGCUAUGAGGUACCUGAGGGAACACAAUGUAGCACACAUGGAUCUAAAACCACAAAACAUCCUAUUAUCUUCACCUACAAACCCAUCCCUCAAAAUUGCAGAUUUUGGUUUCGCAAAGCACAUGUUCCAUGGUGAUGAGCUACAUGCAAUGAGAGGUUCACCUCUGUAUAUGGCUCCCGAGAUUAUCUGUAAAGGAAUUUAUGAUGCUCGCGUCGACAUCUGGUCUAUAGGAGUCAUAAUGUACGAAUGUCUAUUCGGACGGGCACCUUUUGCCUCGAAAAACUUGAAGGAACUUGAGGUGAAGAUCUGGGAUUCAAAACCAGUAGAGCUUCCAUAUGGUGUGACAGUUUCAGACUCAUGUAGAGAUAUUCUGCUUCGGAUGCUGAAGAGGGAUCCCGAUGAGAGAAUAAGCUUUGACGACUUCUUUAAUCAUCCAUUUGUUGAUCUUGACCACAUGCCUAGCAACCAAUCCUUAGAUAAAGCAGUAGCUGUAGUGCGGGAUGCUGUACUUUCAGACCAGAAAGGAGAUUAUCCUGAUGCAAUAAAACACUACUGUAAUUCUCUCUCUCACUUCAUUCCAGCCAUCCACCAUGAAAAAGACAGGGAAAAGAAAGAAGUACUGAGAAGAAAGGUUAAAGAGUACAUGGAUAGAGCUGAAGAAUUAAAGACAUUGAUGAAGCCAAAAAAGAAUGAAGUUCUGAAAAGGUCUUGUUCUACAGAUCCACUGCAACAACUUUUGAAGAUGUAUGAAAACACUGAUGAAAUAACAGCAGCAUUAAAGGUGAUAAAAGGAGCUGAGAUCGAGCAUGCUGCAGAAGAUUAUGAAUCAGCACUGGGUCACUAUGAGUUGGGCUUGAGAACUGUAAUUCAUGCCCUGAAAGAAGAAUCAAAAGGGAAAAGAAAAGACCUUUUAGGGAAACAGACUCGUCUUUGGAUGGAAGAAGCAGAAAAGAUCAAGACAUUCCUGUCUGUUAAAAAACUCAAUACAGCAGACACGUCAACACAAGAGGAAGAAACGGACAAUAAAUAUCUCGGGCAAUGUUCAAUUCAGUGAGAACAUCCAUGUCAUGACCGUCUGCCAGAAAACUUCAAAGUAGUAUAAUCUAUUCAAGAAUUAAUUUUGUGGAAAAGUGGUGAGAAGGAAGCAUUAUUUUGUUGAAGAAUGAUUGUCAUAUCUCUGUAACGAUGCCUCAUAAUACUAUUUCAUUAAGUUUAAUUUGUACUUGUUUAUAAAAUUAUAUAUGUAUACUGCCAGUCAGUUUUUGUACGAUAUUGUGAUCCGUGCUAUUGUCGUGUGAGAAUGAUCAGGGAUACUUUUUACAGUCAAAAUAUCUGCCCAUGUUAUAUAAAGCAUGAUAAAAAAAAGAUUUUGAAAUGUGUUUCAUUAGACAAUAUAUUGACGGAACAAGAAUUACUCAUUUGAAAUGUUGAAGUGUUUAACACAAAGCAGGCUGUGGUGUCUUGAAUAAAUUCAAUUCAAUAUAAAUCUUGUAGAAAUAUACUGUAAGUUUUUCGAAACCAUUGCCAUUUUCUAUUUUUAGUAUCUUCUUCAAACCUUGCUUUUCUGAAUUGGGAAUCUUUUGAUUAUAUACAGUGUGUAAAUCUAAAAUGUUGUGUAAAUGAAAAAAAUACAAAUUCAAUAUAAGUACUGUAUAUACAAAUACAUAUCUUUGUUUAUUCCUCUUGUACGAAGUUAUUAAACUUUCUUUUUGCUUUCA